AUGUCUAUGUGUCAGUGCCCGAGAACCUUGUCUGCCGAGAGAGAUUUGACGGUGUCAACAAAAAAAACUCACCUUUAUAAUGCUAGAGAUUUGUUCCAGCUUGCAAUAGCAUACAUUAUGCCAAUUCAAACAACCAUGACUGGCGAACCGGCAAGACUGAAAUUCGCAUCUCGGAAAAUAUCCAAGAAAAAGUGUGGAGAUCGCAUGAAAGAACAAGCUCGGACUACAAGCCCACAUUUAAUGAGCAGUGAUUCGAUUCUUAUCAUGCCACAGAUGCGUCUAAACGAUGACACCAAGGCGAAGCACCAUGGAAGGGCGAAUCGAACGUUACUACCCAAAAAAAUAUUUUGCCGAAAUAGUCUUUUACUCGGUGCUACAAGCACUGUGGGGUUACCAGUUUUGUCUCUAUUGAUGCAACCAUGGGUCUACCUUGGAGCCUCUGGAUUUGUACAAGGACAACUUGAUACUCAAUUGGCUCAAAAACACCCAAGUGACAAACGCAAGUUCCUGGAUCGGGUUUUAGCCAAAGACGAAGAAUUGACGUUUGUUCAAAACCUGUUUUGUUUUGCAGAGACAGAAUUAAAUUCAGGUAUCGGUUUGACAUUAGACAACAUCAACGACGACUGGGAACACGUGCUGUGGUACCAAGGCAAACGAUAUGCAUGCACAAAGGAUGAAUUAUCAUUUGGAAUGCCUUCUCGUCAUGAAGGCCAUUUGUUAUUGCCCGCGGAAAAAGAACACUCGGCACUGAGGCUGUCCUCCAGUUUGCACGAACAUUGUUACAAAUUUUGUUACCGUCAAACUGCUACCGACACAACCCUUAGGGAAACUUCGCGCACCACGUUGGUGAUACAUUUCAAAAUCAAUCUAUACGUUCUCAUCGAGAGAGAUCUCAGCGAAUGGCCGCACAUAUCGAGAGAUUUGUUCCGCGGUGGUACCACCAUCAGUUGCAUGGAGCGUGAAGACACCGGACUCAAGACCCCAUGUCACAUUCCAGCCUCAAGCGAAUUAGACACCCUCAUCUCUACACUUGCAUCUCAUAAAUUCGAUCGCAAGGCAAGUGUAUCGCCACGAGACUUUUUGGAAUACAAGACCAAUAUCCUAAUGGCGCAAAGUUUCAUUGGCGGAACUCAAACUGCUGACCGGAAAACCGUUAUUUUCGUAUCCAGUUUCAAUCAUUUAUUGUUAAGUUCAACUUUUGGGUAUUUCCAUAUGAAGUUGAAGCUAGAAGAAGAUUUAAAAGCCAUUGAAAGCCACGGAACUCACAUGAUUGUCAUCAGACCAACCAAAAUCAUCGAUGAUCAAUCAACUGACCAACCUGAUUCCUCCUUUUGGAAUUCUAUCAAAUUUCCAACGACGUUUUCAGAAGCUUUAACCAUAACUAAAGCUUGUAUCAUGGUAAAGCUCCGUUUGGUCAAACAUUUCAAAACAAGAGCAAGUUCUUUAGUUUUCGGUGAACCAAUUGAAGUGUCCAAAUUGGCUGAUUUUAUUGUUCUAAAGGCUCUUUCAAUGUCAACAAAUCAAACUUUUGAGAUGAUCGAAAGUCGUGAAAUCGUCCAGUUUUGA